AUGUCACAAUCACAUUGUCACUCUCGUCACUGCUUCCUCGUAACCACUUUCGGUUCCCUUUCGUACCGAAACGGCAGAUAACAUUCUUGCUUUUGAGGCGGUGAAAUGUGAUACGCACUGGUCAGUAAUGAUUUACGAAUUGAAAAAGUUGAAUUGUUGCCAAUAUUGCGCGCUUGGUUAAGCUUUGUCAAAAGUUGCUCAAAUCCAGUACCUCCAAAAUUAUCAGUUAAAACAAAAAUUUUGCCAUGCUUCUGUCACAUAUGAUUACACAGCUGCAACUAGCUCUUCUAACCUUUUUCACCAUUUCUGCUGGCCAAAUUCUAUUUGAAGACACUGACGAACGCAGUAACCGUUCACCCAACGCCAACUGCGUAACUCCUGAAAAUGAAAUGGGCACGUGCGUGCGUUGGACCAACUGUCAGAAGUUGCGCCGGAUAACUAACUGGAAUCGUCUGCAGCCUUACGUCUGUGGCUUUGCCGGGAGUGAGCCCAGGGUAUGUUGUUCCAUGGAACAGGAUAACCCGGACGUUUUAUUUCCUACAACGCCUCCUCCAAGACGGCCCCCUCCAAGAAGAACCACUCCACCGAGGAGAAGAACAACAACGACGACAACAACCACUACCUCCAGACCGCCACCCACGCCUUUUAGACGGCCCGAUGGUGAUGGUGGAACCAAGCCUCGCUUUUUGCCAAACAACUGUGGGACGACGCUCUUCACCAAGACGCGAGUGGUUGGAGGCCAAGUAGCGGAAAAGGGAGGAUGGCCAUGGAUGGCUGUAGUUUUUGUGGAAAAGAGAAACGGUGCCCGAAGUCCAGAUUGCGGCGGCGCUCUUGUGACGGACAGACACGUGGUCACGGCCGCACAUUGCGUGGUGACCGGAAGGGGUUCUACUACUAUGAAUCCUAAUCAACUCAGUGUGAGACUGGGAGCACAUGACCUACGACAAAACAACGAACCCGAUGCUGUAGAUAUUCCUGUCGAAUCCGUUCGCCGACACGAACAGUUUGACCCUCGUACCUACAAGAACGAUAUCGCUGUUCUCCGUCUUCGCAGACCUGUUCAGUUUUCGAACCAUACCUCUCCUGUCUGCCUUCCCUAUGACAGUCUCCGGAAUGAUGAUCUCACCGGCAAAACUUCUACUGUUACUGGAUUCGGAACCACAUCCUUCAAUGGCCCUUCAAGCGAUGUCCUGAUGGAGGCGAGCUUUGACAUUCAAGAUCAAGAGAUGUGCCGGAGAGCUUACGAAAGAGAGCUCAACAUUACAGAUGUUUACCUGUGUGCCGGAACUGCUGAUGGAUCCAAAGAUUCCUGCCAGGGUGAUUCUGGAGGUCCGCUUGUGACCAUUGGUAAAGAAGGUCGGUACUAUUUAGUAGGAGUGGUAUCGUUCGGAAAACUGUGCGCUCAGCCUGGUUAUCCUGGAGUUUAUACUAGAGUUACCAAAUUCUUGGACUGGUUAAGAACUAACCUUGCCAACUGAGAUUCAUUACAGUGAUCACAAAGAAAAUUGGACAAAGCUCAAUACAUAAGCUUGAGUGAAAACGAAUUUGAAAAUUGUUGAAAACUUAAAACUAUAUACAUUUUUUAAUAAGUAUUAUUUCAGUUGUAAUACCUAUUUUUUUUUCCAUAUAUCUAACAGGUAUUUUUCAAUCCGUUUUCACUUGUUGUUUUGAAGUUUAGAAUUUCUUUUGAUGGGACAAAGUGGUUUGAAACUUUCAUCAUCGAGAAGAAUCAACACCAAAAAUAGAAUGCGUUCUUCUCUUUUUAAAUAAUAAUGUAUACUAUAUUGAAUGUAUAAUGUUGAUAGUUUUUAUUUGAUGCUCAAUUUAUAUUUGUGUGAUGAAUUAGUUUCUUGAAUUAAUUGGAAACAAUGAUUUGUUACAUUUGACAUGUAUAACAUGAAGUUUUUUCAAUAAGAAAGGAAUUUUGAACUGACAUUUAUUUAUUUUAACUUAGAAAAUGCCGACCAAAUCUUUUCAAAGAAGCCCAUUUGAAAAUAUUUGGUUUUACUCAAAGGAUAGUAUGUAGUUAAUAUUCGCACAAUGUAUAAAUAAAAUGCGCACAGCAAUGAAAAGUAUGAUUUCAGUGUUUUAUUCUACUUUUAAACGAAACUGCUUUUACAAAACUACAGCUGUAGUUUUUUUAUAGACUAUAAUGAAAAAUGAUAUAGAUUAUUUUAUCCAUUUACUGUUAAUGUAUUUGACUUUGUAAAAGGGAACAAUUUUUAGUUCGAUGACUGUCGAUAGAUAACAUGAUAUCGAUUCAUCAUCUAGUUGUAAAUGAAGAUCGACAUUGUUGUGAAUUUACAGUCGCCGUGUGGUGCAAAUGGGUUAAAAAAUUGCGUUAUAACUGAAAUGGAUGUCUUUUUGUUGUUAUAAAGUGAAAGCAAUGGGAAUUCGCUGUGAUUUAUGAAUUAUAUUUGUCAAUAUUUUAAAUAGUUGUUGUGUAUAAAUUUCCAACUUAAUUUUAAAAAGAUUAAGAAAUUGUGGAUAUAACAUGCUCGCAUUUUUGUUACUUAUGCUUGCAUUUUUGAAUGUAAAUAAGUGAUGCUUUUAUUGUAGAUUGUAUUUUCUUCUAGUUUCUUAUUUCUUAAAAAAGUGUGCUUUUAUAAUUACACAUCCUUUAAAAAAGUAGCUGAUACGCAUGGUUUACAGAACUAUAUUGUAUAGUUUUUCAUUGUACGAAACAUUUUUUGUUUUAUGUUUAACUUAGAAUGAGCAUCACACAAAACUCACUGGCUUAGCGCCUACUUAUACGAUAGUGAAAGCGAUUGUGUUUCAAUACAACAUUACUCAUUUCGAAUUUUGAAUCUACUACGAAAAUUAUAAGUAAAAUGAAAAGUAAUGGGAAAACUCGUAAUUUUAACAAUAUUUUUCACAACUACAAAUUAUGAUGAACAACUUCAUGAUGGCAUAAAGAUUAUUACUCUUGGUUUUGUUUUUAGUUUUCAAGAAAUCUCCACAAAUUAUUUGGGUUUCGAAAUUCACAACAGAAUUGCUUAUACAUUCCAUAAAGUCAUAUUAGCGAGUAAUGAAAUUGGUAAAAGAAAUCAAAAUUGAAAUUUGAUUUUAGUUAUUUUCUUUGCCUAAAAUCUUUUAUCUUAAUUCAUUUACUUGAAUUCAUAACGCAUUGUUUUUUUUAGAUUAUUAUCAGAAUCUUACCAAUAUCUAUUGGUCAUACUUGGAUCAAAAUACAAUAGAAAUCUCAAUUAUCCGUUUAUCGAUUAUUUGCAAUUCUCUAUUGUUGGUGUAAUUUUCUUUAUUGCGUUUAACUUUGUGAGCAAGAAAAUUGUAACGCAUUCAAAACUGCUGGGAAUAAAGAUUUUUCUUCAAACUCGAAACUGACAAAUUUCUUAAGAGAGAAUAUAAGAGAGUGAAUUUGAUGAUAUUGGUAGGAGUAUUCAAAUAAUAAUAAUUAAAAAGUUGAAAAAGUUAUCGGAAUCUAUUUAUAUUCAAUUUAGCUAAAACUCUAGGACUUUUUCUUUUCGCAUUAGUACAAGAAGUAGUUCUAAGCUCCUAUUUUAAUAAGGAUUUUCAAAGGAAAUUCCAGGCAAAUUUCUAGGAAUUACAUUUAUUUCUGUAAUUUCAACUAUUUUGGUAUAAAAAAUAGUUCAAUUAACGAUAGAUAAGUAUAAAAUUUAAUCUGGAAAAACGUAAAUAAAUUAUCUAAUUCCUCAAAAAUUAAAGAUGAGAAAAAAAUUAUUCUUUCUUUAUUUUUUUUGCAUGAGCAUUUUUAUUUUUCGUGUUAGUGUUUGUAAAAUUCAAACUACGAUUUAUAAUUUUAAACAUGGGAAGUAUGAAUUUCAUUUCGGUUGUUUUAUACGAAGAUAUGAAAAGUAAUCUGAUAAAUUAUGUAGCAUGAGAUUAUUAGUUUUUGUCUGAUGAUAAAAAAUCGAUAUCAUAUGUUAAGCAUGUUUCUGUGUUGAAAUGUUGAUACAUUUAAACAUGUUUUUAUAUAUAUAUAUAAAUACAUAAUUUUUUCAAUUUUCUCUUCGAUGAAGCUUUGAGAAUUACCUCAUAUUAUGGAGAGAUGCUCGCCAUAUUUUUGUAAGUUUUAUUUAUUUUUCAAGACUAAUUAAAUUAUUUUAU